UCCUACUGGAAAGGGGAACUGGUACUGCAGAUGACUGGUGGACUUCAACUAGGAUAACCCCUUGAAAUCAAAUCAGUCAUUGGGAAGUAACUAUUUGGUCAAAUCUCAGUUAAUUGACAGAGAACCCUUAAGUAGCUCGGAAUCCUGGGAGAUAGUUGGGACCGAUCCAAGAGGAUUUUCAGGAACCAGAAGGAAAGUUGGGGAAACUGAAGUUUCCCAGCUACAUCAAGCAUCACAAGCGGGAGAAGAACUUCCUCUGGUCUUGAGAAUCAUCCAUUAAGUUCUGACAAAGCCUUUCUGGAGCUAACUGAGAGGAGGUUAAGUUUCGGUCAGCUAAACGUGGCGAGUGGAUGAGAGGCGCUAAAGAGAGGAUGAGGCCUGGUGAGUCCAUGCAGGGCUGAGGAAUGAGGGAGGAAACCAGCUGAGAAUUGCUUUCGAUGUAAACACGUAGCACCAUGCCAACCCUGCUGCCAAGCUGGCACAAGAGGACCUGGACCGCACUCCUGCUCGCACUCGUCCUUGUUAUCUUCAGCCACCAGGUGACUGGCUCGGUGCUUGAAAGUCUCAUCGCUAAACGAACUGAGUACUGGGAAAACUGCAACAGAACCCUGGUGCACUCAACCCCGAGAACAGGAAAUUACUGUAAUGGAACAUUUGACACGUUUGUCUGUUGGCCUCAUUCAUCUCCAGGGAAUGUGUCGGUUCCCUGUCCAUCUUACCUGCCAUGGAUAAGUGAGGAUGGCUCCAGGAGGGCACACAGAGAGUGUUUAGAAAAUGGAAAAUGGCGACAGAGGGAGAAUUCCUCUGAACCCUGGAGAGAUGACACAGAGUGUCAGGAGGACCAGUUCUUUAAGGACAAGGAGGAUGAAAUGCUUCGCCAGACAGCCCUCAGGCUCAUCUCUGUUAUUGGCUAUUCCCUGUCCCUGACCUCCCUCACACUGGCCACUCUCCUGAUGGGCAUGCUGAGGAAGCUCCACUGCACCAGGAACUACAUCCACAUGAAUCUGUUUGUGUCGUUCAUCCUGAGAGCCGUGGCUGUCAUCUCCAAGGAAAUCGUGUUAUACAUCAUGUAUUCCAACCUGCCCAAGGACGACCCCGGGUGGAAGUCCUACUCAAGCUCUGCAACAGCGUUUAUGUGCAAAUUUUCCAAAGUGUGCAUGGAAUACUUUGUGGCCUGUAACUACUUCUGGCUACUGGUGGAGGCCGUCUUCCUCCACACGCUCCUCUUCACCGCCGUGCUGACCAAGAGACGCCUGCUGAAGAAGUACAUGAUGCUGGGAUGGGGAACUCCAGUCUUAUUCGUGACACCAUGGACCGUCGUCAAAAUUGUAUAUGAAAACACAGAGUGCUGGUCAAUCGUGAACCGAUGGUUCUGGUGGAUAAUAAGGGGCCCGAUUACUUUGUCAGUGCUCGUGAUCUUCUUCAUAUUCAUCAAGAUCCUGAUGCUGCUGCUGUCCAAGCUGAAGGCGGAUCAGGUGAAAUUUACAGACUACAGAUACAGCUUGGCAAGAGCAACACUGGUCCUGAUUCCUCUGCUCGGAGUCCAUGAAGUGGUCUUUACAGUGCUGAUAGAUGAAUGUGUGGAGGGCAACAGUCGCUACGCCAGGAACUUCCUCAACCUCACCCUCAGCUCUUUCCAGGGUUUCUUGGUUGCUGUGCUGUACUGUUUUGCUAAUGGAGAGGUCCAAGCUGAGCUGAAGAAGCGCUGGCAGCUUUUCCUGUUCACCAACCCCUUCCAGGUCAGGGGCUGUUUUAGGGGCGCACCUCUUAAGCACCUGUGGAAGUGCACUCGAGGGCACCGCCCCCCCUGCGCCAGGCAGAAUGACUCUUGCAAUGAGAGUGGCACUUACCCAACUCACCCGCACCUGCAUCAGGUGGCUGUACAUGGAGGAUGUGGAGUGCUUGGAUUAGGAGAGGUUAAAGGUCAGGGGCUGAAGGACUGUAACGUGACAGGGCUUGACCUUCUCACCAGGAAGAGCCUGUCUAGUAGUGAUGGGGAGAUGACGCUCGGAGAGACCUUGGAGGAAAUUCUGGAGGAGAGCGAGUUCUGAUCCCUGUUAGCCACCUGGUACUUAAAUUACCUGGAUCGUUGGGUACUUUGCAGACGUAACUCAGUGACGUAUACGUACAUAAGACAUUGUUGAGGGUGCAGAGAGCUGCAUCCCGAGGAAAAUCUGAAACAACCUAUUAAAAUGCAGCCUCAGGUCCCGUGGUUGACGAAACUUUCAGGACCCACAUCCAUUUGGCCAGCGCCCAGCACCAGGAAGUGUUAAGUGUUUGGACAGAAGUUAACCAAAUACAAUUUGAAAAACAACUUCUAUUGAACGUUCACAGGAGCAUUGUAAGAGUAAAAUAUUAUUAUGUAAUUAAAUUAUGUUUAACAUUUUUAUACAGGCUUUUUCACCACAGGAUGAUGGAGGGGACGGUGCCCCAGCGCUCCGUAUUAACCAGCCACCACUGGUCAUACCAGAAACCUCAUGUAGCACAGCAGGCGCGCUGCGAACUCCCUGUGUUAUCCACAAAUGGGACGCAACUGUCACGUGCUGCACACACACAGGGCCUGAUCCAGCGUUACAGUAGUUUGCUCAUCAAAGCUGGUUGUACAUUAUAGGUUAGUGCAGAUUUACUCGCCUCAAGUGACUGACUGAGAUACAUUUGGAGUGAAAUAGUUUUUGUUUGAAAAGUUGAUGUGACCAAGCCUCAAGGCCUCUUGGUCUGGGUGCAAAUGCAAAAUGUGUAGUCCAUCGAAACUCUAGUCGGAUAAAUGUGAACGAUAUCAUUGCUUUUUCAAUGUGAUGUAUUUCUAGUUUGUUGAUUAGAUGGGACAAAUUUCAUGUGUAGAUACACACUUCACAGUGGAACUGAAGGUGGAAGAGGGGGGAGGCCUCUGGCGAGGAGGUCAACAGGGUCAAUCUGGCCGUGCAUUCUUCUGAAACGACAUGGAAUUCUCUGAAACAUCAUGUAAUUUACUGAGGUCCCAGACCUAGGAAUGUUGGGAAUUUAAUUAGUAAUGUGAAUGUGAGAGAGUGUGAGAUAAUGUGGUGAGUGAGUGUCUUUAUAAAAUAUAUUUGAUCAGAUAACAAACUGAUAAUUUAGACGAAAAGAAAGUUCAGGCAUAUACCACUAUAAAUAAUGUUAUCAUAUAUUUUCGCUACCAUCCAUGUCAAUCAUCUACAGGAGCUUUAUUCAUAGGUUACAAACCAAUAUCCUUGAUUACUCUACAGUUACAGCAUAACAUACAAUAAUUCUCAUUUCAGGUAAAUCAUGUUCACUUUUGAUAUCUGUAAGUGCACAGUGAAUCUCCUAUUAUACAAAUGCUUUUGCAGUUUCAGUGUUUUUCAUAGAUUUGUGUUUUAUUUAUAAAAUGAAAAUCUGAUGUCAGGCCAGUUAUAAGUAUCCAUAUCUGGAACGUCUGGAUUGAAAUGUGCAUAUAAAUACAAUGUAUUUGUUGUCUGCAUGUAAAUAAUGAGGCUCUAUGUGCAGCAAGUUUAAAAAAAAGGCUUUACAUGAUAUUAUGAGGCUUUAAAUGUAUCAAAGAGAUUAUUGUACUAUCACAUGAUUUGCACAUGUAGUCUCACGGCAAUGGAUGUGCCCAAAUAAAACUAUGG